ACUGACCGUUUUAAUGAGGUGUACAGUGGUCAACAAGUGCUUUGGAACGAUUUAGUGUAAUUGUACAAAUGUUUAUUUAAUUUAAGAUUUCUGUUUUUUUUUUUAGAAAAUGAAGAUACAUUAUCUGGUUGUGAUAUCAGCGUGUUUUCUAUCCAUCAGCAGCAGCUGCAAUGUUGCCUCAUUCGGCUACAGUUCAUCUUACUAUGAUGACUACAACACUGGACCCCAGGUUGGCUUUGGCUUCAGCCCCGGAUUUUUCGGAUACACAGGGGGAUUCGGACUAGGCAGCCUGGGUUUGCUCUUGGCAAUGUUGAUGAGUCGUAACCACCACCCAUCCCCGAGAGUCGUGCACCACCAUCAUCACCACUACUACAAGGAGAAACCUGGGGGAGGUUUUGAUUACCAAUACAAAAAUGGGGGUCCAAAGGAGGGUCAAAGUUCCUACGGCCAAGAGGGUCAAAAGUGGGGUCAAAGCUCCUACGGCCAUGAGGGUCCAAAGUGGGGUCAAAGUUCGUACGGCCCCGGUGGCCCUACAGAUCCUGGAGCAAGAGGACCAAAAUCUGAUGGACCAUUUUCUAAUUUCUUUAAGAAUAUGUUCCAUCGAAGAUAGAUAGCUAGAAAUAAGAAGAAAUUAUGAUCAAACAUCAAAUAAACUCUUUGAACUAGGUACAGAGUCAAAUUAUUCAUCAAAGUCAGAGUCUUAAGUGCAUUUAUAUGCUGGUGACUGGUGAGUCGGUUGCUCAGCAAGUAGCG